AUGGAAGACUCCAAGGACUACGACAACCUUAAAGCGGAACUCGACUGCCUGAAGAACGCACUACCAGACCUACCAGACUCGAACACGUUAUAUGCUCACAUAGUAGACUUACUCCUCAAGAUUCACGCCAUGAAGAUAUCCGUAACCAACUUGGGCGCACAAGUGGAUCAUUUUUGCAGAACAAUGGAAGAAGAAAGUAACCGUCCUCUCCGUAUAGAGCUGUUACAAACAGCGGCUUGGAAGACUCAAUACCAACUUCUUUUAUACGAAACGCGACUCGACGACUUGCUGAUCUACCCAAAACUCAUGAUCGCGACAAAGAAUUUGGAUGAAAAAGUAUGGACCGAAAUGAUGGCUCAGCCUCUUCUGGAUAUCGACGAAAAACCGGUCAACACGGAUUUCUCGCAAGUGAGACGAGAGAUUCAGACUCAUCUUCAAACCAUAGAAAAAAUCUUCAGACAAUUAGAACUGCUUGACGAUGAAGUUGGAAGAAAGGAAUAUAUAGAAACUAAAAAAUUCGAAAUAAAAGUGUUGAAGGAAUUAACAGCCAUACAGGAGAAGCUGGACCACAUGCACAUCCAUGGCGGCCGAGGAAAAACGGUGAGGCCGGGGGGAGGCGUCUCAAGCGACCUUAGCCUCCACUAUGGAAUUGACUUCAAUUACCCCUAUUAUUCAGACUCUGAACACUCUGACGAGAAGGAAGAAGCGACAGAGGAGAAGACUCUGGAAGAGGGGACUCACCGCAGCGCAGGAAAGGAAGGACCUAGGGAUUUACCUAAACUAGUAGACCCCGACCAAUCCAUAGACUCGGAUCGCUCCAUCGGAAGCCGUGAACAAGAGUCGGCGAGGAUUCAAGAAAAUGUGGCAUUUCUUGAGCCACUACUAGGAGAAGAAGUAAAUAUUGACUUCAAGGACCAGCAGGCGAUGGAGGUCGAAGAAUUGGUGGAGGUGGACGAUGCCUUAGGGGAAGAAGAAGAAACAGACUCGGAUGUAAUGAUUAUUCCGCAAGAAGAAGUUAGACCCCGAGAAAUAGAGGUGGUUCAGGAAGAACCAGUCAGACUCCGAAGGCAAGAAAACGAGGAAGAAUUGAUUCAAAGACUCAGGAGAGAAUAUAGACAAGCCAUUCAGGCCCGAGAAGACCUGAGGAUGAUGAUGCGAGAACUGGAGACUCCACCACGCUGUCCGACGAGGAACUUCAACCCUGGGAUGAAGCACGAAAAUGAAGCAGAGAUGCCGUGUGUCUUCUGUGGAAUGAGAGGACACCAUUAUUCAGACUCCUGCAUCGAAUUUAUAACCGUAGAAUCUAGACUCGAAAGACUAGCAGAGGUGGGAAGAUGCCGCGUCUGCUUAGACACUUGGUGUGAUGAAAGUAGGGAAAAGUGUCGUAAGUUCAAUGCUCGAUGUCAUUAUUGUGGUGGAUAUGGACACAAUGCAUGUAUUUGUGAACUUCCAGAAAUUAAACGCAAACUCCAGGAAAAGUUCGAAUGGCUCAACAGGGACUACGCAAACGUAAACGACAGAAUCGCUCGAUUGGCAGGACGACUGCAGAGGCAUGGCGCGCUCUGA